CGAUAACCAAAAACGUCGAUCCUCAAAGCUACGAGGCAGACCUUACAUACUUAUCCAAGCCAAUUCACUUUUGUAACCAAGCCAAUUACCUACCUAAGGUAGUCUAUCAGCAGCUUCUUCACCCCUUUCUCCCCAAUAUCACAGUUCUUCUUCGACUCUUAGUUCGUGAGUCGCUUUCGACAACAAUGUCGACAAAACAGCCGUCGCGUGUCGUCUUCGUUGGCAAUAUUCCCUAUGGAUUAUCGGAAGAGCAGAUCAGCGAUAUCUUCAGCACUGCUGGCAAAGUCCUAAAUUUCCGUCUCGUUUAUGAUCGCGAUACCGGUCGGCCUAAGGGCUUCGGAUUUGCAGAGUACCCCGACGCAGACUCGGCAGCCUCAGCAGUUCGCAACCUAAACGACUACGAAAUCAUGGGACGGAAGCUCCGUGUCGACUACAGUACGGAAGGUCGGGUCGAUGGCGAUGACUCUAACAGCGCAUCCACCACUACUGGCCAGCCCGCGAAUGGCGCUUCGUAUAUCGUUCCUCAGCCUGUUCCUGCAGGCUCGCUACCCCCUCUCCCACCCGGAAAAGAGUUGCCUGCUGGGGUGAGCGCUACAGACGCUAUUUCCAGGACGCUCAACACUCUACCUCCGAGCCAGCUUCUCGAUAUUCUCUCUCAGAUGAAAUCUCUAGCAACAACCGACCCAGGCCGCGCGACGGAACUACUACAGCAGGCACCACAGCUAUCUUACGCCAUCUUCCAAGCUCUAUUGUUGAUGGGUCUUGUCUCUCCCGAAGCUAUACAUUCCGUUGUUGAUUCUUCGGCUGCGCCGCCCCCAGUCCAACAACCCGUACCCGGUUAUCCCCCCGCGUACACUGGCGCCACGACGGUCACGCCCCCAGUCGCUGCACCGUACGCGCCGCCAGCUGCAGCAACUGCCCAGCCUGGCUAUGCGCCUCCCACAGCUAGCGCGCCGGCCGUGGCGCCACCGCAGGAUACAGAGGCCCUGAUGCAGGCAGUCAUGAACUUGUCACAGGAGAUGAUCGAUCAGCUUCCCGAGGCGGAGCGCCAACAGAUUUUGACUCUAAGAGCGGGUAUGAUGGCCCAAAGACGCUGAGUGCCUUGGUGGCCAUGAGGUAUAAUAGUCAUUUCUUGUCAAUUUUCUCAUACCCCCACGGACAGUUGGAAGUUGGCGUUCAGGUUACGGUUCAGGUACAAAGGCAUUCGGAACACAAGGCAUCGCACCCUAGCUCGAGGGAGUAGGGCUGAUACUACGCACUGUAUGUAGUAAGAUUCGGCAUUGAUAGUAACGCAAUGUCGAAUACUAAAUCUAAAAUAUGAGCACGUCUAAUAGCACCGACACAAUAGGGCAACACUAGGGUCAAUUAGCGGUAUAUUAACCUUGAUAUAAAUCAAGUGCAAAAGUCUCGGGCCUAAUAUGAACUUUACUAUAAGACGAAACGAAACAAACACCCCAACACCGUUUAAAUUCAUGCAGGUAUCAAACAGUGGCUUGAGCAUAAUGCAAACCCUUUAUGUAAAGUCACCUUACCC